AGUAUUUCGGAUGAGUCUGACAGGGUGACCUCCGACAGUUUUUUUUUUCGCUCAAGCGGUCGUGGAAGGAGACGCCAUAUUGAAAGCCAUACAUUCUUUUAAUUAAAGUACAAGAACAUCGAAUUUGCAAAUAUGCUGUACCUCGAAGAUUAUCUUGAAAUGAUCGAGCAGCUUCCCAUGGAUCUGCGCGACAGGUUUACGGAAAUGAGAGAAAUGGAUCUACAAGUUCAGAAUGCAAUGGAUCAACUCGAACAGAGAGUCAAUGAAUUUUUUAUAAAUGCAAAGAAAAACAAGCCUGAGUGGAGAGAUGAACAAAUGGAAGCAAUAAAAAAGGAUUAUUACAAAGCAUUAGAAGAUGCUGAUGAAAAAGUUCAGUUAGCAAACCAGAUAUAUGAUUUGGUUGAUAGACACCUCAGAAAACUUGAUCAAGAACUUGCAAAAUUUAAAAUGGAAUUGGAAGCUGAUAAUGCUGGUAUUACAGAAAUAUUAGAAAGACGCUCUCUAGAAAUGGAUAGCCCAUCUCAACCAGUAAAUAAUCAUCAUUCUCAUUCACACACUUCAGUUGAAAAAAGAAAAUAUACAACUCCUACUCACCAUGCUACAGAACAUCUUCCUGAAAAGAAGUUUAAAUCUGAAGCACUUUUAUCCACCCUCACUUCAGAUGCUUCUAAAGAAAAUAAUCAAGGAUGUCGCAACAAUAAUAUAUCCACCUCUUCAAACAAUGUUUACAAUGUAAACUCUACUCAGCCUAUUACAUCCUACAAUCUGAACUCCCUGUCUUCGGGUGCUGCAGCUGGUGCUGGUGCAAUCACUAUGGCAGCUGCUCAAGCUGUCCAAGCAACUGCUCAGAUGAAAGAAGGAAGGAGAACGUCAAGUUUAAAGGCUAGUUUUGAAGCAAUCAAAAAUAACGAUUUUCAGAUUGGAAGAGAAUUUUCUUUAACAAGAGAGAAUGCAGGGUAUUCUUCUGCCUUGGCUUCAACACUUACACAAACACUAACUUCAAACUCGUCAGAUUCAAGAAGUGGCCGUAAAACCAAAAGUAACACCAAAUCUUCAAACCAUCAGUCUUCAUCAUCCUCUUCCUCAUCUUCUUUGUCCUCCUGUUCAUCGUCUUCAGCAUUAGCACAGGAACUUUCACAGCAAGCUGCUUCACUUCCAGAAUCUGACUCAAACAGUCAAGUUGACUGGACAUAUGAUCCAAAUGAGCCCCGUUAUUGUAUUUGUAAUCAGGUAUCAUAUGGAGAAAUGGUGGGCUGUGAUAACCAAGAUUGUCCGAUUGAAUGGUUCCAUUAUGGAUGUGUUGGAUUAACAGAGGCCCCAAAGGGCAAGUGGUACUGUCCUCAAUGUACAGCUGCUAUGAAGAGAAGAGGAAGCAGGCAUAAAUAAACUAUUUAAAUAUUUUAUCACAAAAUGAACUUCACAAAUGUCAUUUCAUUGACUUUUAAUGAAUAUUCGUGGUGUUAUUUUUGACACACAUUUUUACAUGCUGCUUUUGUUUAGAAAUUCUAGAAUUUAUUGUGCUAAACAAGGACAACUAUUCCUUGAAUUGAAAUAUUUUGUAAAUAAAAUAGGGUGGAUGCUGUCAUUUCUCCUUUUUUUCUAUUUUUGAAAACACAAACCACACAUUCCUAAAUUUGUGAACAUCUGCCACAUACUAUUCUGUACUUUUACUGGCAUGAAAUGCUUUUUAUGUUUAUUAAGAACACCUAAAUGAUCAUAGCCUCAAAAAGCUAUUUUACACAUUGUGUAUCAGAAAGAAAAAGUAAGUCAGCUAACAUUGGCUGAAGUAAAAGAUGCUAAAAAUGUUAAUUAAAUGUGCACAUAUCCUUAUAUAAACUGUGGUGAUAUCUUUGU